AUGGUUAGCCUUGCAAAAUCGAAAGGUGAACAACCUGAAUGGAUUUUGGGUGACCAUUGGAGAACGAUGUUAGGUUAUUGGAGGACUCCAAAAGCGAAAGAUAAAAGUGAGAAAGCACGUUCUUCUCGGCUGUUUAGCCGUGAUGGUUUAGGUCCACACCGUCACAGAUCUGGAUCGCGUUCUUAUGCCAAAGUUCAAGAUGAUUUGGAAGCAAACAAUGAAGAUUCCUCUUUCAUUGCGGUGAUGAAAAAGACACACCAAAAACCUGAUGGAACAUAUGUUGAUGAAAGAGCAAGAGUCAUUGCUGAAAAAUAUGAUGAACAUGUGCAAGAACGGUUGGAACAAAUGGAACUUUCCGAUGAAGAGAGUUUGACAAUGGAUCACCUUACCUUAGAAGAGAAAAAUGAAAUCUAUGUUGCUGGAAUUUCAAAACAGGGUCGUGUGUUUGGACUUGGCUCUCUUCAAAACAGGAUUUCUAUGUCUGUAGAUGGUGCGUCGGUUCCCCCUCAAUCUACAGGAGAAGUGGAAACAUUAGGUGCUCGAGUGGAAGAGCUCGAAACUGAAUUGCAAAAGAGUCGUAAUGAGAAUGUGCUUGUUCAGCAAAGACUUGAAAGUAUGGAGCAGAUGAUCCAAUUUUUUGUAGGGCAAAAUGGAAUACAUCAAGCAGCUUCAACAUCUCCACAACCUUUUGUAGGUCAGAAUGGGGUGAGUUCAGCAGCUACUUCUGCUUCAAUUCCACCUUCCGUAUUCUCGCCUUCUCCACAAGCUUUCAUGGGGUUUAGGUCAUUUGCUCGUACCACAUAA